AUGGCCGGCCAAGUCAGCUCAGCCGCCGACGUGCAAAGCCAAGAACCAAAGGCAGAACAAGACCAAGGCAAGCCCGUUGGUCCACCAUACCGCCAUGACGACGAGGACUUGGCCAACCCGAUUAUUACCAACGACUUCAACUCCGCCGGUGACAUUGACUGGUACGGUACAGCAUAUAUGCUGGCCAACUGUACGUUACAGCUCAUCUCUGGUAAGCUGUGUGGGUUUGGCAUUGACUCCUGGGCCCAGGCACCAAAUACAACUAUGGCCGUCGCCGUCGGCGCGUCGCUCAUGUUCUUUGGCCAGCAGCUCUUGGGUACCAUCUUCACGUCGAUCGGCCAGAAUGAAGCUCGACAACCAGCUGACGCAUCGCCUCGACGCCAUUUCCGGCCUGUUGUUGACGCCGCAGCAGAACCAAACACGGGUGCCACCGAAGCGUGCAAGCUUGUGCCCGCCGCCAAUCGACCUGCGGCCCUCGCCGCUUACAACGAUUCCCUGUGUGUGGUCUUCCGCGUUGGCCUGAUACUGGCCAGUAUUUCCAUCCUGGGUGCUCGCGCCAUGGCCUGGUGA